CUCACCCCCCCCACCCCAGCAACCCCGGCACCCCAGCUCCUCUCCUGUCCGCCUCUCCAUCCCUUCAUCUGUCUAUCCCUUCAAGGAGGGGGAGGGGGGUCCCUGAGGCAGCCAGCAGCCCCUCCCUCCCCCUGUCCUGCGUCUCCUGCCCCUCUCCUGGGCCCGGGGGAGGCCAGGGUCGCGCCGGUCCCCAUGGCUGGGGGCUGAGGGCCCGCCCCCCCUCCUCCCCAGCCGCCACCACCUCCAUCUCCCUCCUCCCUCGACAAGAUGCCUGCCCCAGGCGCCCUCACCCUCCUCGCGGCCGUCUCCGCCUCCGGCUGCCUGGCGUCCCCGGCCCACCCUGAUGGAUUCACCCUAGGCCAGGCCCCGCUGGCUCCCCCCUAUGCCGUGGUUCUCAUUUCCUGCUCUGGCCUGCUGGCCUUCGUCUUCCUCCUCCUCACCUGUCUAUGUUGCAAACGAGGCGAUGUGGGCUUCAAGGAGUUUGAGAACCCCGAAGGUGAGGAUUGCUCCGGGGAGUACACACCCCCGGCGGAGGAGACUUCCUCCUCACAGUCGCUGCCUGAUGUCUACAUCCUCCCGCUGGCUGAAGUCUCCCUGCCUAUGCCCGCCCCGCAGCCGGCACACUCAGACAUGACCACCCCUCUGGGCCUUAGCCGCCAGCAUCUCAGCUACCUACAAGAGAUAGGGAGUGGCUGGUUUGGGAAGGUGAUCCUGGGAGAGAUUUUCUCCGACUACACCCCAGCCCAGGUGGUGGUGAAGGAGCUCAGAGCCAGCGCCGGACCCCUGGAACAGCGCAAGUUCAUCGCAGAAGCCCAGCCCUACAGGAGCUUGCAGCACCCCAACGUCCUCCAGUGCCUGGGUGUCUGUGUGGAGACUCUGCCCUUCCUGCUGAUUAUGGAGUUCUGCCAACUGGGUGACCUGAAGCGUUACCUACGAGCCCAGCGGCCCCCUGAGGGCCUGUCCCCUGAACUGCCCCCUCGAGACAUGAGGACGCUGCAGAGGAUGGGCCUGGAGAUCGCCCGCGGCCUGGCACACCUCCACGCCCACAACUACGUGCACAGUGACCUGGCCCUGCGCAACUGCCUGCUCACCUCUGACCUCACUGUGCGCAUCGGAGACUACGGGCUGGCCCACAGCAACUACAAGGAAGACUACUACCUGACCCCGGAGCGCCUGUGGAUCCCGCUGCGCUGGGCAGCGCCCGAGCUACUGGGGGAGCUGCAUGGCACCUUCAUGGUGGUGGACCAGAGCCGGGAGAGUAACAUCUGGUCCCUAGGAGUGACCCUGUGGGAACUUUUUGAGUUUGGGGCGCAGCCCUACCGCCACCUGUCAGACGAGGAGGUCCUGGCCUUCGUGGUCCGGCAGCAGCACGUGAAGCUGGCCAGGCCUCGGCUCAAGCUGCCCUAUGCUGACUACUGGUACGACAUUCUGCAGUCCUGCUGGCGGCCCCCCGCCCAGCGCCCCUCAGCCUCUGACCUCCAGCUGCAGCUCACCUACCUGCUGUCCGAGCGGCCCCCACGUCCUCCCCCGCCCCCUCCCCCACCCCGAGAUGGGCCCUUCCCUUGGCCCUGGCCUGCGCAGCACAGUGCCCCCCGCCCAGGCACCCUGUCCUCGCCGUUCCCCCUCCUGGACGGCUUCCCGGGCGCUGACCCCGAUGAUGUGCUCACGGUCACCGAGAGCAGCCGCGGCCUGAACCUCGAGUGCCUGUGGGAGAAGGCGCGGCGGGGGGCUGGCCGUGGUGGGGGCGCCCCUCCCUGGCAGCCUGCCUCGGCACCCCCUGCGCCCCACGCCAACCCCUCCAACCCCUUCUAUGAGGCGCUGUCCACACCCAGCGUGCUGCCCGUCAUCAGUGCCCGCAGCCCCUCGGUCAGCAGCGAGUACUACAUCCGCCUGGAGGAGCACGGCUCCCCACCCGAACCCCUCUUCCCCAACGACUGGGACCCCCUAGACCCUGGAGUGCCUGCCCCCCAGGCCCCCCAGGCCCCCACCGAGGUCCCCCAGCUGGUGUCCGAGACGUGGGCCUCCCCCCUCUUCCCAGCGCCGCGGCCCUUCCCGGCCCAGUCCUCCGCGGCCGGCAGCUUCCUCCUGAGUGGCUGGGACCCCGAGGGCCGCGGUGCUGGGGAGACACUGGCUGGAGACCCCGCCGAGGUGCUGGGGGAGCGGGGGACUGCCCCCUGGGCCGAGGAGGAGGAAGAGGAAGAGGAGGAGGAGGAGGGCAGCUCCCCCGGGGGGGAUAGCAGCAGCCUGGGGGGUGCGCCCAGCCGCCGGGGCCCCCUCCACUGUCCCCUGUGCAGCCGUGAGGGUGCCUGUUCCUGCCUGCCCCUGGAGCGGGGGGAAGCUGUGGCUGGCUGGGGGGGCCACCCCGCUCUCGGCUGCCCCCACCCUCCGGAGGACGACUCGUCCCUGAGGGCAGAGCGGGGCUCCCUGGCCGACCUACCCCUGGCCCCCCCCUCUUCGGCCCCCCCCGAGUUUCUGGACCCCCUCAUGGGGGCGGCGGCGCCCCAGUACCCCGGGCGGGGGCCACCUCCCGCUCCCCCCCCCCCGCCGCCACCUCCCCGGGUUCCCGCGGACCCCGCCGUGUCCCCCGAACCCCUCUCGGCCGUGGCCAGUCCCGGCUCAGGCCUAUCAUCUCCGGGCCCCAAGCCGGGGGACAGUGGCUACGAGACCGAGACCCCUUUUUCCCCCGAGGGAGCCUUCCCCGGUGGGGGGGCAGCCGAGGAGGAAGGGGUCCCUCGGCCGCGGGCUCCCCCCGAGCCCCCCGACCCGGGAGCGCCCCGGCCACCCCCAGACCCGGGUCCCCGCCCAGCACCGGGGGCCCGGGAGAAGCCCGCCUUCAUGGUGCAGGUGAGCACAGAGCAGCUGCUGGUGUCACUGCGGGAGGACGUGACCCGGAACCUCCUCGGGGACAAGAGGCCAAAUUCCCGCGAGACGGGGCCCUGGAAGGCGAGCAGAGCCCCGGAGGCCAGCAGGGACCCCCCAGUCCCGGGCAGUGGGAAGAGAGCCCCAAGCCUGAGCCAGGACCCGAGCCCCCACGUGAACGGGCUGACAGUGUCGGAGAACGGGGGGCAGAGAGCCCCGGGCCUCGAGGAGAAGGUGGUGCAGAAUGGGGGCUUGGGGUCCCCCGAGAGAGAAGAGAAAGUGCUGGCGAAUGGGGAGCUGACACCCCCAAGGAAGGAGAAACCGCUGGCGAAUGGGGAGCUGAGGUCCCCCGAGAGAGACGAGAAAGUGCUGGUGAAUGGGGAGCUGACACCCCCAAAGAUCGAGGAGACGGUCUCCGAGAAUGGGGGCCCGAGACUCUUCCAGAACACGGAGAGGCCACCAGAGACUGGGCCCUGGAGAGCCCCAGGGCCCUGGGAGGAGACGCCGGAGAAUGGGGGACCAGCCCCCGAGACCACACUGCAGAGAGCCCCCACACCCGGCACAGCGGCCUUGGCCCGGAACAGCGGGGAGACAGCCCCUGGCCUGCCUGGCCCAGCUCCCAGGAGCGGGGUGCCGGAACCCGGGACCGAGGGGAGAGCCCCAGAGACUGGGGGGGCACCGAGAGCCCCGGGGGCUGGGAGGCUGGACCUCGGGAGUGGGGGCCGAGCCCUAGUGGCCCUGGGGACGGCCCCCGGCGGCGGCCUCGGAAGCGGCGUGGACGCAAAGGUCGGAUGGGCAGACAGCACGAGGCCGCUGCCGCCGCCGCCGCUGCCGGAGGGACCCCCGAGGAGGCCGGAGCCAGCGCCCCCGAAAGCCAGGCCGGAGGGGCCGCCCGAGGGAGAUCCCGGGUUUCCCGACAGCAGGGCCGGCGGAGACACGGCACCCAGCGGAGACGGGGCCCCACAGCCGCCCGAGAGGAAGGGUCCCGAGAUGCCACGGCUCUUCUUAGACUUGGGACCCCCCCAGGGGAACAGCGAGCAGAUCAAAGCCAAACUCUCCCGGCUGUCGCUGGCGCUGCCGCCGCUCACGCUCACGCCGUUCCCGGGCCCGGGCCCGCGGCGGCCUCCGUGGGAGGGCGCGGACGCCGGGGCGGCUGGCGGGGAGGCCGGCGGGGCGGGAGCGUCGGGGCCGGCGGAGGAGGACGGGGAGGACGAGGACGAGGACGAGGAGGAGGACGAGGAGGCAGCGGCGGCGGGCGCGGCGGCGGGGCCGCGGGGCCCCGGGAGGGCGCGGGCAGCCCCGGUGCCCGUCGUGGUGAGCAAUGCCGACGCGGACGCGGCACGCCCGCUGCGGGGGCUGCUCAAGUCUCCGCGCGGGGCCGACGAGUCCGAGGACAGCGAGCUGGAGAGGAAGCGCAAGAUGGUCUCCUUCCACGGGGACGUGACCGUCUACCUCUUCGACCAGGAGACGCCAACCAACGAGCUGAGCGUCCAGGGCCCUCCCGAGGGGGACACGGACCCAUCAACACCCCCAGCGCCCCCAACGCCUCCCCAUCCCGCCACCCCCGGAGAUGGGUUUCCCAGCAACGACAGCGGCUUUGGAGGCAGUUUCGAGUGGGCGGAGGAUUUCCCCCUCCUACCCCCGCCAGGCCCCCCCCUGUGCUUCUCCCGCUUCUCCGUCUCGCCUGCGCUGGAGACCCCGGGGCCCCCCGCCCGGGCUCCCGACGCCCGACCCGCAGGCCCCGUGGAGAACUGACUCCCCGAAGCCUCUACCCCCCUGCACCCCCAGAAGAGGGCUUGAGGGUAGAGUCCUCUGUGGAUGAUGGUCCCACUGUCACCACCACAGACGCCGCCUCCAGGGAGGCCCCUGAGGUUGAGGCCUCCCCCUCCCCCACUAUGUGCCAAACGGGAGGCCCUGGCCCCCCACCCCCCAGCUCCCCUGACGGCUCCCCGGACCCCUCUGACUCCCUUGGUGCCAAAUGAGGCUGGAAGCCCCUCUCAUACCCACCCCCACCCUGGAGAACCACCUUUCUUGGAACUGAACUGAACUGAACUUUUGGGCCUGGAGCCCCUGGGGUCCAGCGGGGGCCCUUUCUUCCUCCCUCCUGGCAACAGGCAGGGGCUGCAGCUUUGGGGGGGCUUGGACCUCCCUAACUUGGCGAUCCCCUUUUCCCCCUCCCCAGCCCGGCCCCCUCAGAGAGGGCCCCUGGUUCAAACCUUCGCGUGGCAUUUUCACAUUAUUUAAAAAAGAAAAAAAUGACUUUUUGGAGGAA